GCGGACAGCAUACUCGUUCGCAUCAAUUACAAUCUAUUACACACAACGAACCCGCCUUUGUUCUCCUGCAUUCCUGCAAUGCUCUCCCAUUGCUAGUCCAUUCAGAGGGUGUGCGUAGCCCUUACAUGCGAGAGUGUUCCGGUGCUCUGUGAGUUCAGGCUCAGCGAGCGGGAUCACGUACAGUAGCGUAACAUUGGUGGUCAGGCUGUGUUCACGUAAAUGGAGAUGACGGCAGAGACAACCAAUCUCACGGAAACACUGCAACAGCCGAUCGCGCAGGCACGACACAUCCCGCGCGGCGAGAUCGAGACGAGUACAAGAUGGUAUCCUAGUCCUUGGCUUGCAAGGUCCGUGCGCGGCCUCGUAGCGGAUAUCCUCCCCUCACACAGGACAGUCAAACAGUCAGCCGGCGCAAAUGUUGAGGAUGUGCGCAGGUAUGUUGUUCUGCUAUGUCUCACUGCGUAUGCACGCUGAACUGCUCGUUACCGGCCCCGCAUCGACACGGCUCGUAUCGCCCGGGGCG